UUGCGGUAUUUCUCACAAAUUACUGUUUAAGUUAAUUAAUUUCUACUUCAGUAUUGAUAUACUGAAUUCAGUGGUACAUAACAACAAUUACAUAGUUAUUUUUUGCUCCAAGUUGAUGACAAUUGCAUUAAAUUUCACCUUCCUCCAAGAAACCUGCUUAAUUUCUAAUAAUUGUUUAUAACCUCAAAAUUAAUGGAUCAGCAUAAAUUUGUAUCAAUUAUUAGACAGUUUCCUCAAAUUUGGGAAAGAAAUCAUCCUAAAUUUAGAGAUAAGGAUGCAAAAGAUUGUGCCUGGGAAAUGAUAGGAUCUAAAAUGGGAUGCACAGGAGAUAUUUGCAAAGAAACAUUUAAAUCUAUUAGAGAAAAAUAUAUAAGGGAAAGGGAAAAGUCUGCACAGUACGCUAAAAACUACCAUGAAUGGGAGCUGUUAUCAGAACUAACAUUUUUAGAUCCAAACAUUGUUCCUAGAAAACAGUCCACAAAUAACGAUGAAGAUAUGCAAAAAGCGGAAGAAUUAUGUUCACAGAUUAAUUUUGACGCAUCUUUCAUAUCUGUUAAUCAGACAGAUUUUGAUAAAGCUCUAAUAGAAUUAGUUAGAAAAACCACCCCAAUAUGGGACAGAAACUGCAACACUUAUCCAAACAAGCAGUUAAAGAACCAGUUAUGGCAAAACAUAGCUUCCAAAUUAAAACGGGAUAUAAACCUAUGUAUGCUGCGAUGGAAAGCCCUGAGAGAAAAAUAUAUUAGGCAGAAAACAAAAUAUCAACAAGAAGGAGAUGUAAAAUGGGAACUUCUUGAUGAAAUGGGCUUUUUGGAUAAAGUAAUCCAGUAUAGAAAAAAACAAUCAGACAGUAACACUGAUCAAAAACGGAGUACAUGUGUAAAUUUCUAUCCUAAAGAACGAAAACAAAAUGAGUCGUCUCAAGACAGCAAUAGCAGUUUUUCUCAAAACGCAUACUGCUGUGAAAUGGAAGAUGACACUUUAAUGAACGAUUCCUCAAACGACUACCAUGCAAUAAUUAAACAGGAGUGUACGGUAUUACAAAAAGCUGACAGUUCAUUUCAUUCAGAAAAUAAUGGAGCUUCCCGAAAAAGAUGCAUUAGUGUCAACAGCGAAGCAUCAGCAGAAAAAUUAUCUAAAAAUGAAGAUACUGAAAUAAAAGAAAAAUCUCCUGAACAGCUUUUUGGAGAUUUAGUAGCAGUUUUGUUAAGCAAAAAACCAGAGAAAUAUCGAAAUAUAUAUAUGAUUGAAAUUAUGCAGGUGUUGUCUAAAUGAAUGAAAUUUUGUAAAUAAAAUUUUAUUUUAAAAUUUUAUUGCAGUCAUAAAAAUGGAGAGGAUACUCCUCCACAUAACUCAUAUUAAUUAUAUUCAUAUUUGGAUAAUACAAUUCAUUACAUUAAAUGUUCACAAUGUGUAUGUUUUUUCUA